AUGACGGACAAAAGCCUCAAUGAUAAGCUCGAGAGGCUACUCUCCUUAAUGGAAGCCCAGUUGGAGCUUACCAGGCAAGGGCAGCGCGAAGAGCAUCUAUGCUGUGCUUGUCUGAGUGGAGAGGAGACGAUCGAGCCCUCCCACCCAGAGGAUCAAAGGGCUAGGGAAGACAUGAUGGGAGACCCUCCCACACCGUCCCCAGCAUCGCAUCCAAGGCAGGUGGUAUCAUUCGUGGGACCGAGCAAACUGCCGGUCGACAACUAUGACAAGUAUGCCUCACCCACUGGGCCCAGAUACUUCAGGCCCCAUGUGGAGCCGUACAGCCAGCCAAGGGCAGAACCUCAUGGUUUCGACCAAGAGGAUGAUACAAGCACUGCCAGAGACCCCAGUCUCUUGUGCUCCAAGCCGGUCGCCACCCCAUUCCCCAAGUUUAAUCCUAGAGAUGUUGAGAUUUUCAUCCUUGAGGCUGAGGCAUGGUUCAAAUUCAACCAGGUCUAUGAGCAGGCAAGGAUGAUCAAUCAUAUGGGUGCUCAAUUGGAAGGGAACGCUCGUGAAUGGUGGACUUCCAAGCUUCGCAUCGACAGAGGCCAAGAAGGAAGACUGUUCAAUGAUUGGCACUACUUCACUGAGUGCCUGAUGGAACAGUUCAAUCCUCGGAACGCCAGAAUGGAGGCCUAUAACAAACUUCUGGCUCUCUGGCUCACGAGCAAUGCACCAGGUGCAGCCACACGCCACGUCGAACAAUUCAGAGACUUAGAAGGACAAGUCAAUCUAGAUGACAAUGAACUAGUUAUUGACUUGUUUAGGGGAAGUCUCAUGUGCAGCCUGCAGGAGAAGUUUGAGCGGAACCCACCUUUAAAGAGCCAUUGGGCCAGAGAUUGCCCAAGCAAGAAGUUGGAUGCCUUGGGGCCCCGACCCAUGGGCCCGAAGGUAAUGGUAACCACAGAAACCUCCUUUGAAGAAGGAGACCUGGACCCAGGGGAUAACCAGACAGAUGACCUAGAAACGGUCGACCCCGAUGUCCUCGACUUCAGCCAGUAUCAACCAUCAAUGGAGGCUGGCCAGGAAGAGGUCCAAGAGGAUGCCGAUGAGGGAAACGGCAGUGGGUUUCAGAUUCCUUUGUUACCCCCUGAAGAAGCUGUACCUGGGGAAUUACACAUGAACUCAGUGAAAUCUGUCAUAAGAAGCAACUUAUUACCGAAUUUGGUGAAAGAUGUUAUAGCUAGCGAGUUAAAACAAGAGCCCGCUAUAGAAGACAGUCUAUCACCGAAUUCAGCCGGAUCAGUGGUAACACGCCUCUAUGAUGAGAAACCGAAACAUCUGACCAUUCAUGGAAAUGAGUUUGUUUCAGUGGCAAGCCUGAUACAAGCUGCCCUGGAGGAUGGACCCAUUGGGUUCAUGCUCCUGGACCUCCCACCCUCGUUGCUCCCGGCCUUCAGGUUUGUACCCACUGGCACUGACAAGGGCAUAGAAAUGGAAGUAGAGGUUGAUCGGAAGGUAUCGGCAGAAGAUAUACCAGAACCAUAUCGACGGUUGCAGGAUGUGUUUGAUGAGGUGGAAGCAGAUAAGCUGCCCCACCAUAUGGAGCAUGAUCUCCAUCUGGAACUAAUGGAAGACAGUAGGCCGCCACAGGGCCCACUAUACCUCAAGGGGCCGAAGGAAAUGGCUGAACUAAGGAAGUAUCUCGAUGAGAACCUUGCAAAAGGGUUCAUAUGCCCCUCAAAGAGCCCAGCAAGAUCUCUGGUGCUCUUUGUGCCCAAGAAGGAUGGAGGCCUCAGGCUAUGUGUGGACUACUGUGGCCUGAAUGAAAUCACCCUCAAGAAUCGGGCACUGCUGCCCCUCAUUGAGGAGCAGCUUUUCCUGCUCCAGAAUGCAAAGAUCUACACCAAGUUAGAUCUGUGA